CAUGGCAAUGCUUGUAGUCCACAGCUCUUGGUGAUGGAGUUGUAGCUUCCAAUUUGAUGGAUGAUGCAGCUGCAAGAGUUGAAUGGACUUGGAGGUGGAGAUUGAGAACGGAGGCCUUUUGGGCUUUGUACCUCGGUCCUGGCCGCCGGGCCCAGUGAUCCUGGCGGCCGUGCUGCCCGAGAGCCUGGCAGCGCAGCACGAGCUUCGCCGGGGGGAUGAGCUGCGCAGCGUGAACGGCCGCCAGGCCUCGUCCCUGGAUCGCUCCAGCUUGGCCCUCGAACUGGCCAAGCGGCCGCUGAGCUUACGGCUCCAUCGGAACGAGACAGUCAUCGAUGAGGUGGUGAUUGAUGUCCACAUUGGUGUUGAUGAUGGAGCCGUGGGUUUUCUCCCGAAACAAUGGCCUCCCGGACCUGUCGUGGUGGGCACUGUCAUGCCGCACAAAGUGGUGGCUCAACAUGGUGUGCAAGAAGGUGAUGUUUUGAAACUCGUGGCCAAUCAGAAGGCUUCUUUGAUGUCAUCUGCAGAUCUCACCAAGGUCCUAUCACAACGGCCAUUGUCCUUACGCUUCGUCCGUGGUAUGGAUCUUUCGGAUGGGCCACUGGGAGAGGCGGAAACCGUACUGGGAGAGGCGUCGAAGGUGGACCAACCGGUGCACACCGCUUUGCCAGUUGAGAGACCUGCCCCCGACGUGCCGCCCGCCCGGUGCUCGGGUUCCACACAGACGGCUCCACUUCACCGAACUGUGGCGGAUGGGACCUGUCAAACCGAGAGCGAGGAGAGCCGCGACGGCUGGGCGCAUCAAAAGUUGGAACUGCAGGAACCACAAGAGACGGAACAACUCCGGCAGAGCUUGGUCUUUGGUCAGGAAAUCCACCCACCCCUUGCAGAGGAUCACCCGCAUCGUUUGCCGGUCUCGCCGGGAACGCCGCCGUGUUGGACCGCUCAGCGAAUGCGGAUCGGCGGUGGAAGCCUGCGGGAGCUGCCUCCCCCUGCUCGGCCACCUGAGACAGUGGCCGAGCUCCGGGCCCUUCCGACGCCGACCCUGGUGGCGCGGAGAGAGGACGCCGACGUCGCCCUGCGGCAGUGGCUGGAGACCACGUCGCUGCCAGAGGAUGCCGUGAUCUUCUGACGGCGCUUUGAGGCGGUGGUGACGCUCGUCUUCAUGGAUCUCAGAGCUUUGAUCAGCUUUGGAAUGGUUGGAGGGCAAAGACGCCUGCACCCAUUAGCUUUCUUAGCUUCCUUAGCUUGGCAGGUAAGAGACCUGCCCCAUUCCAAUGACCAGCCUUCAAGCUGAACCUGACG